CUUAGUAAUAACAUAUAGUAUUAAGCUUUUCUUGCAUUGGAACUAUUCGCAUGUAAAGGAACUACAAGUCCAAACACUAUAGGCCCUCACAACCACAACGACAAAAAAAAUUCUAUUGGCAUAGUAACUAUCUAUGAGUUGUAUAACAAGAAAUAACAAGCUUAAGCUAGCCCCUAUAUAAAGGAUUAAUUAAGAAUGUUGCUCCUAUUAAUUCCAUCCAUAUUCAUUGCUAAAAAUGAGAGGUGCAAUUCUCCUCCUGUGUCUCUUGUGCAUUGCAGCCUAUGCACAAUGCUACGGUGGGAGAGGGUACGAUCCUCUCCGAGUGCUGCAAAGGUCGCGAAGCAGAUCAAGAAAAUCAGUCGGUGAUGAACACGUCUUAAAAUCAAGUGAAGAAUACUCACCAGUUUACAUAGCAUCUCAGGAUGGCCUCAAGGAAGCCGACAUGAUUGUGGCGCUGCCCGGCCAACCAGCUGUCGGAUUCUCACAGUAUUCCGGCUAUGUCACUGUCGACCCCACUGCUGGCCGCGCCCUCUUCUACUAUUUCGCCCAAGCUCAGGACGCCUCCACCAAGCCCCUCGUGCUCUGGCUCAAUGGAGGGCCUGGCUGCUCCUCAUUAGGGGCAGGUGCAAUGACAGAACUCGGCCCAUUUCGCGUGAAUCCCGAUGGGAAAACCUUGUGGCACAACCAGUAUGCUUGGAACAACGUGGCGAAUGUGAUGUUCUUGGAGUCUCCCGCCGGCGUGGGAUUCUCGUACUCGAACAGAUCAUCGGACUACGUGACGGGCGACAAACAGACGGCGGCGGAUGCCUACACCUUUCUAGUGAACUGGCUGGAGAGAUUCCCGGAAUACAAGAGCAGAGAUUUGUACAUAACCGGAGAGAGCUACGCCGGCCACUACGUGCCUCAGCUCGCCGACUUAGUCCUCCAAAACAACAUCAUCACAAACCAAACCGUCAUAAACUUGAAAGGCAUUGCUAUUGGGAACGCGUACAUCGACUACACGGAUAGGUGGAGUGGCACGUACGACCAUUUCUGGAGCAGUGCGCUGAUAUCUGAUGAGACGCACCAAGGGAUUUUGGAGAACUGCAACUUCAGCUCGGAUAUGAGCGUGACGGAGGUGUGCGAGGACUACCAAGACAAGGCGUUUGAGGAGAGUGGAAACAUCGAUAUCUACGACGUCUAUGCGGCCUUGUGUGACUCCAAUUCUACUGCGUAUCAGAUAUCUACUUAUGAUCCAUGUUCGAGUGUGUAUGCAACCGCUUACUUGAACACACCGCAAGUGCAGAAGGCUCUCCAUGCUAACACCACUGGCCUUCCAGUGCCAUGGCAGGGUUGCAAUGAUCCGAUACGCUAUCAUUGGCAAGAUGAACCUCUUACCGUUCUACCUGUGAUCAAGAAGCUGAUGGCGAGUGGCAUACGCGUCUGGAUCUACAGUGGAGAUACAGAUGGUAUAAUUCCAGUAACAUCGACGAGAUACUCAUUGCCCAAAUUGGGGUCACCAGUUAAGACUCCAUGGUACCCAUGGGAUUUUCAAGGCGAGGUGGGAGGUUACGUGGUUGGAUAUGAGAAUGUGACGUUCGUCACCAUAAGAGGAGCCGGCCAUUUCGUGCCAAGUUAUCAGCCCCAACGAGCUCUUGCUUUCUUCUCCAACUUCAUUGAGGGGAAACUGCCUCCACCUCAGAAAAACUAUGCGAAAAGGCAUGGGUUGAGCAUGACCGAAGGUCUGCACUUAGAUGAGUGUCACAUGUUUGCAUAUUCAUCAUUCACUAAACAAAGCUUGAAAAUGAAAGGUGCACUCAUCUUUCUCCUCUCUGUUCUCUGCCUCUCUGCCUCCGUGCAAUGCUACGGUGGUGGAAACCGCGAUCCUCUCGGGGAGCUGCUGAAGGCCCGCAGGACGAAGAAGAGGUCAUCAGAAACAAUUCUAGUGGAGGAGGCUUCGAGUGAGUACUCACCGGUGUACAUGGCGCCUCAAGACGGCCUGAAAGAGGACGACAAGAUUGUGGGGUUGCCGGGGCAGCCGGAGGUCAGCUUCCCUCAGUAUUCAGGAUACGUGACCGUUGAUCCUAGCGCUGGACGCGCACUCUUCUAUUGGUUCACCGAGGCUGAGGACUCCUCCACCAAGCCACUAGUGCUGUGGCUCAAUGGAGGACCGGGGUGUUCCUCGAUAGGAAAUGGUGCAAUGACGGAGCUCGGGCCGUUCCGUGUGAACGCAGAUGGGAAGACGUUGUGGUACAAUGACAAUGCUUGGAAUACCGUGGCUAAUGUCCUGUUCUUGGAGUCUCCUGCUGGUGUUGGAUUUUCCUACUCAAAUACGACGUCGGACUACGUGACUGGAGACACCAAGACUGCAGCGGAUUCCUACACUUUCCUAGUCAACUGGCUCGAGAGGUUUCCGGAAUACAAAACUCGUGAUUUCUACAUCACGGGAGAGAGCUACGCCGGUCACUACGUGCCCCAGCUUGCUCAGUUGAUCCUCAAAAACAACAAAAUCACCAAUCAAACCGUCAUUAACUUGAAAGGAAUUGCAAUUGGGAAUGCAUACAUUGAUUAUCUGGACGAAAUAAAUGGGUCGUACGACUUCUUCUGGACACACGCAUUGAUUUCUGAUGAGAGUCACGAUGGAAUCGUGAAAUACUGCAACUUCUCGUCUCCAACACCAUCAGACAAAUGCGAUGAAGCUUUGGAUCAAGCAGAUGGUGAAGUAGGCGAUAUAUACGUUUAUGACAUUUACGCGCCAAAUUGUGAUUCAAACUCUACUGCUCCAUCGCUGUCUUCAUUCGAUCCAUGCUCAGGCAAAUAUGUUUUCGCCUACUUGAACACGCCGGAGGUGCAGCAAGCACUUCACGCCAACAUCAGUGGAGCUCUCCCGGGCCCCUGGUCAGCUUGCAGUGAUCUGAUAGAGUGGACUGACGAGGUGGACUCAGUUUUACCUGUGAUCAAGGAGCUCAUGGCCAGUGGCAUCAGCGUCUGGAUCUACAGUGGCGACACAGAUGGAAGGGUGCCGGUCACAACAACAAGGUACUCCAUGGCCAAGCUUGGCGCGCCCGUUAAAACUCCAUGGUACCCCUGGUAUUAUCAAGGCGAGGUUGGAGGAUACGCAGUGGGAUACGAGAACGUGACAUUCGUGACCAUAAGAGGAGCUGGACAUUUCGUCCCCAGCUAUCAACCUGAGAGAGCCAUCACCUUCUUCUCAUCCUUCUUGGAAGGAAAGCUGCCUCCCGCCGCCUAACUAAAACUCACACCGAUUGCAAAGACGCCAUCGUUCUUACCUAUCUGUCUACCAGAAAUAACAAUGACAAUAACACAUGUUUUGUGAUGAAAUGCCCGUGAAACGGGAAUUCAAUUUCAAUCAACCACUUUUUAAUUGCUGUUUAUCUUAAACUAUACUUUUCCUGUAGAGGAAAAUGAUGAGUUUAAAAUGUUUAGAGGGAAAAAGUUUCAAAGCCUAAGUGAAGUGAUUACCUUUUAGAUCAA